CAGUCCUUAUUUGGCUGGGCGGGAGGGCUGGCGGGAGGAGGCGGCCUGCGGGCGGGGGGCGGGGGGCGGGAGCGGGGCCGGGCCGAGGAGGGCGGUGGGUGGUGCUGAAGGGACAGCUCCGCGGCGGCAGCGGCGGCGGCGUUGGCGGCGGCGGCCCCUGGGCGCGGAGCGGGUGCCCGGCGCGGGGAGAGGCGAGCGCAGCCAUGCCCCAGGCCGCCUCCGGGGCAGCAGCAGCGGCGGCCGGGGCCGGGGCGCGGGCCGGGGGCGCCGGGGGGCCGGCGGCGGCUCGGGCGGGACGAUGAAGCGGCAGAACGUGCGCACGCUGGCGCUCAUCGUGUGCACCUUCACCUACCUGCUGGUGGGCGCCGCGGUCUUCGACGCGCUCGAGUCGGAGCCCGAGAUGAUCGAGCGGCAGCGGCUGGAGCUGCGGCAGCAGGAGCUGCGGGCGCGCUACAACCUCAGCCAGGGCGGCUACGAGGAGCUCGAGCGCGUUGUGCUGCGCCUCAAGCCGCACAAGGCCGGCGUGCAGUGGCGCUUCGCCGGCUCCUUCUACUUCGCCAUCACCGUCAUCACCACCAUCGGCUACGGCCACGCAGCACCCAGCACGGAUGGCGGCAAGGUGUUCUGCAUGUUCUACGCGCUGCUGGGCAUCCCGCUCACGCUCGUCAUGUUCCAGAGCCUGGGCGAGCGCAUCAACACCUUUGUGAAGUACCUGCUGCACCGCGCCAAGAGGGGGCUGGGCAUGCGGCGCGCCGACGUGUCCAUGGCCAACAUGGUGCUCAUCGGCUUCUUCUCGUGCAUCAGCACGCUGUGCAUCGGCGCCGCCGCCUUCUCCUACUACGAGCACUGGACCUUCUUCCAGGCUUACUACUACUGCUUCAUCACGCUCACCACCAUCGGCUUCGGCGACUACGUGGCGCUGCAGAAGGACCAGGCGCUGCAGACGCAGCCGCAGUACGUGGCCUUCAGCUUCGUGUACAUCCUCACGGGCCUCACGGUCAUCGGCGCCUUCCUCAACCUCGUGGUGCUGCGCUUCAUGACCAUGAACGCCGAGGACGAGAAGCGCGACGCCGAGCACCGCGCGCUGCUCACGCGCAACGGGCAGGCGGGCGGGGGCGGCGGGGGCGGCGGCGGGGGCGCGGGCGGAGGCGGCGCGGGCGGCAGCGCGCACACCACGGACACCGCCUCGUCCACGGCGGCGGCGGGCGGCGGCGGCUUCCGCAACGUCUACGCCGAGGUGCUGCACUUCCAGUCCAUGUGCUCGUGCCUCUGGUACAAGAGCCGCGAGAAGCUGCAGUACUCCAUCCCCAUGAUCAUCCCGCGGGACCUCUCCACGUCCGACACGUGCGUCGAGCAGAGCCACUCGUCGCCGGGAGGGGGCGGCCGCUACAGCGACACGCCUUCGCACCGCUGCCUGUGCAGCGGGGCCCAGCGCUCCGCCAUCAGCUCGGUGUCCACGGGCCUGCACAGCCUGUCCACUUUCCGCGGCCUCAUGAAGCGCAGGAGCUCCGUGUGACCGCCGCUGCAGGGCCCGGAGCGCCUGGGGGUGCGGGGCGCCGAGGGAGGGAGGGGCUCCUGCCGGGAGGAGCAGCAGGGGUCCGUGCGGAGGCCCCAUGGGACCCUCCCCACACCCCUCCCCACCCUCUACCCGCCCCCACCCCCAUCUCCCGACUGUGCCUGCUCGCACCAGCCGGCAGGAGCCCGGGCUCUGAGGAUGUUUCAGGACAUCCGCGCCCUGCAAAUUCCGAGAAAUGUGAAAUGUGGGGGGUGGGGGUGGGGGAGGGAAGGCAGAAGCUGGGAGCCUCCCAUCCCUCUGGAAAUCUAAGGAGCUCCCCCGUUCUCAGAGGCCCUGCUGGUACCCAGACCACCCCCCACUCCCCCCUCCCCCAUCCGGAGGGAACUUCGUGUUCUGUGUAAGUUUGCAUCUCUAUUUAUACCUCUGUCCUGGCAGGUCUCCCACCUUCCCGAGGCUCCAAAAGCCAGGGUGUCUUUGUUCAGGUCACCCCCCACUCAGCCCCACUCCCCUUCCUCAUCCCCAGCUGUGUCUCCCAGCCCCCCACUACCUUUGUGUUGUUUUGCAUGGCUUUGCAGUUAUGAAGAGAGUGGAAACCCAGCAGUCCCUAAAGCUAGUCCCCAGAAGGCAGGCCGCGCAGAGCAAGGACAGGCAGGCUGCAGGAGGGACAGAGGAGGGAGGGGGAGAGAGUGGCCCUCUAGUCUACAGGGCAGCCUACCGCUAGAUGAGGCUUAACUGGCCUCCAGCCUCAGACGCUGCCCUUAGAAUCAAACAGAGAACUUCAUACUUGCCAUCCCCAGCCGCUGUUGACAAUGACCUACUCUUAAAUCUGUGGAGUGAGUUUCAGCCUCUGAGACCUGCCCUGGCUCCCCAUUCAGUUCACUCUCACAGUAGCCAGUAGGGCAGCAAGGCAGGGCUGAAGCUCACGACAAAAAAGGCAGGAAGGAGCCAGGGCUCCAGGGGGUUGGGAGUUGGGCAGAAUGAGCUGGAGAACCGUCGGGCAUAUCCAAGUGGGACAUUAUCCCUGGCUGUACAGCCGGCGUUGGUGCCUGUGUCCCAAGUAGCCCACCACCGACCCCACCUGCAACCCAGAAACCCAGGUGCAGAGCAAGCAGAUGGAGGUGAUACCCUAGGCUCCAUCACUGGGCCCCACAGCUGGAGGUGGUGCCUUGUCUCUGGACAGCAUUGGGGUGGGUGAGGGGCAUCCCCCCACUCGGAACUGCCCUCCCAUGCUGUUGCCAUGGCAGCUCCCUACCACUGCUGAGCAAGACCAGCCCUGGGAUUCAGGGAUGAUGAGGGGACGGGGUCCCAAAGGGCGGCAAGCCUCGGCCGCUCCCCAGCCACGUGCCCCGGCCUCGGGGAACCCCUGAGAGAAGUCCGACCUGUGUGUCAAUCCCAUCUCAGCGUGGAGGAGCUGGCUGCCCAGGUGCCAAGAAGGGGGCCCAGAACCCAGGGGUGACCGGUGUGUUUAUGUGUGGGGGUGGGGGACAGUGCUGGCUGCCUCUGUCCUACGUGUGACCCUGCCCUCGAGGGGUCCUGUCCCGUCAGUCCCGAGGGAGCCACAACCAAAGUUGCAGGGAGAUGGUGAGGAAGGAGGCCAAAUGGUCUUGAGCAGAGCAUGGCUGACUCCUUGGUCUCCAAGCUGGGUCUUGCCCAGGGAUCUAGAAGGCCAGCGUUGCUUCCCCCCUCCCCCCCUCCCCACUACAGGCAGCCUUUCUGCUUCCCCAAUGCCUUAUGCCUGGGCACACUGCCACAGAAUAUGCAAUACACGUGGGUGCCCCCACGCCCACACCCCCACCCCGGGCAGCCCCUGGACCCCAAAGGCUGCGGCUGCCAUGCCCUCCCUUUAGCCCCUCCUGCCUAUCUGUCUUCACAAUGAGAAUGGCGCCUAAUAAAUGCUGUCCAUGGAGACCAA